AUGGCCCUCGUCCGCACCUGCACGGGAAGCCUGGGAAGCUCCGUCCCUGAUUUCCCGGGCUCUGCGGCCACAAGCCGGCGGAAGCACGGGGGAUACCGGGAAGGCGGAGGACAGUCGACUUCCGGCUGCAAAGGCUGCCGGGGUCCUCCACACCGUUCACCUGGACGUUCCCUGGCCCGGGACAGGGCUGGGCCCCCAGCGUGCGCACAGAACGCCUGUGCAGGCUGCUGGAGAAGAGAAGGGAGGGGAGGGGAGCACGAGGGGGACAGGGGCAGGACUGGGAGGAAGAGGGCAGCGAGGAGCGAGGAGCGGAGGGAGCCCCCACCAGGCCUGGCUCUGCCCGGCCGCCCGGCCAUCCCCAUCCGAGGGCAGGACUGCGUGGACCCGGCGCUCCAGGGCUGGGGGGGCGGGGGAGCGGGGAGGGGGCGGCCGACCUCGGCCCCCGCGCCUCCUGGGGCGCGCCGCAUCCCCUGCGCAGGCCGGGAGGCUGAGGCCGGGCUCUGCCUGUGCUCCACAGCUCCCCACCCCAAGCCUGGGAUAACCCUCCCGGAGCCGCUUCCGCGGCGGCCGCACGUCCCGACCCGGCCGGCCACGCCCAGGGCAGGGACACGGUACGGUCACCCGGCCCGGCCUUCCCAGAACCACCUUCCGCCCCGCCCACCCGGCCCUCGGUUCCGGGAAGGCCCCCCACCGCCCCCGGCUGGGCAUAUAACCCACUUCAUGGAGCCCCGAGCUUCGUGCUUGAGCACUCGGCGCUCCUGCCACCACUGUCCCCUGCCCGGCGGGCACUCCAGCCAGGCCGAGACCAUGAGGCAGCUGCCAGCUGUGGCCCUGCUCCUGCUGCUGCUGCGGUCCGGGACUCAGGGGGGUGAGGCACUAAACGCCUGCGGACGCCCACGGAUGCUGAACCGGAUGGUGGGCGGGCAGAACGCCUUGGAGGGCGAGUGGCCCUGGCAGGUCAGCAUUCAGCGAAACGGAAGCCACUUCUGCGGGGGCAGCCUCAUCACGGACCGGUGGGUCCUCACCGCCGCGCACUGCUUCUCCAACACCUCUGAAACACCCCUGUACCAAGUCCUGCUGGGGGUGUUGCAACUGGCGAGGCCAGGGCCACACGCUGUGUAUGCCCGGGUGAAGCGGGUCGAGAGCAACCCCCAGUACCAAGGCAUGGCCUCGAGCGCCGACGUGGCCCUGGUGGAGCUGGAGGCACCUGUGACCUUCACCAACUACAUCCUCCCUGUGUGUGUGCCUGACCCCUCGGUCGUCUUUGAGACGGGCAUGAACUGCUGGGUCACCGGCUGGGGCAGCCCCAGUGAACAAGACAGCCUGCCCAAACCCCGGACCCUGCAAAAGCUCGCCGUGCCCAUCAUCGGCACACCCAAGUGCAACCUGCUCUACAGCAAGGAUGCGGAGUCCAGCUUCCAGCCCAGAACCAUCAAGGAUGACAUGCUGUGUGCGGGCUUCGCUGAGGGCAAGAAGGACGCCUGCAAGGGAGAUUCCGGGGGCCCCCUGGUGUGCCUCGUGGGCCAGGUGUGGCUGCAGGCCGGGGUGAUCAGCUGGGGCGAGGGCUGCGCCCGCCGGAACCGCCCAGGUGUCUACAUCCGGCUCACCUCCCACCACGACUGGAUCCACCGGAUCAUCCCAGAGCUGCAGUUCCAGCGGGCAGGGCCGGGCGGUGCCCAGAAGCGGGACCCCCGGAACCUGCAGCCCCUUGGUCGGAACUCUGUGUGCUGCCCGGCUGCCCGAGCCGUCCUCCUGGUCCUCGCAGCCCUGCUCACCUUGCUCUGA